AUGGCCGAUCAAUCGCCUCCUAUCUUGCGACCCCGUCCUCGUCGUCCUUUCGACCUCACCCCCAUGUCGUCGACGGCUGGCAACUCCCCCGAUGGCCGCGACACGCCCGAAAACCAAUCUCCCGGAGCCGACGAGUCAGGCCUUCCGCCCUCUCGUACUCGCUCUUUCCUCAAUCUGACUACCUCCACUCUGUUCGGCAUCUACUCCCCGGCUGGCUAUGCAACCGACCGCGACGAGACGCCCUGGGGCACCGGUGCCCAGACCCCCAUCGAUAGCAAAGGCAUGAACAUGGCUGAUAUCGACGGCAAUGUCGAUGACGCUCUGAUGAUGAGAAGCAAGAAGAGAAGAGGCAGUAUGCUCGAGGCCUCGACACGGCGUGUACAAAAGCCCAAGAAGAAGACUUUGAAAAACUGGUUCCUGCCCAUGGUCGGCAAAAAUGUCGUAUUGGGUCUUGCUGGCAUUGCUUACGGCCAGUUGAUUGCACAUCUGCAUGACAGAAAGACUUUGGUGCCUGUGCAGGUUGAAGGCAUGCCUUCGGAGUCGUGGGCAUAUAUUGCCUAUUGGUGUUUCAGUGGUGUUGCUUUGGGCCAGGCUUUGCCUUGGGUCGACUCGAUUUGGAUGAGUGAUGGUAGUGGUGAGACUGAGGCGGAUAGGGAAUACAGGACUUCUGGAAACUUGCGUAGUGCUCAGGACACACAUACUCGCAGCCAGAAUUGGACUCCUGGUUGGAAUGAGGUUGUCAGAUUUAUUGGUGCUGCUGUGGGCAUUGUGUUUGCUAUUCGCCGUCUACCCUGGCAAUCACCUCUCCAACUCAGCCUCACCCUCGCCCUCGCAAACCCAGCCAUCUGGUACCUCCUCGACCGCACAGGCCCCUGCUUCAUCCUCGCUACCACCGUCGCUCUCACCGGCACAGGUCUUCUUCUUUCCAUCAACCCAGACUUGAUUCCAUCGCCUCACACUUCAAACAUCCACUCAUUCUCAAAUGUGGCCAAUGCAACGGCAAAUGCAAUCAGAGGCCAAGAUCUGGUGCUGGGUACUUUUACACUCGAAAGUGUAGGCGUGGCUACUUGGAUUGCUAGUGUGCUGUUUGUCAGUGCUGUUGCUUUUGGAAACAUUGGUCGCAGACUUUAG